UAGGAGACAGAUCGCCGCCGCCGCCGCCGCUUGCUGCUUGACGCCGCCGCCUCCGGCUCUAGACCCCUGGCCGGGUUUAGAGUCGAGGGAGCUGCUGGUGGUUCGGAGGUUGGGAUGAGGCGGCCGAGGGAAGAAGGAGGAGGACCCGGAGGGGGCGGCCCCGGAGCCUCCGCAGGCGGCCAGCAGCUCAGCGGACUCUUGUAAGAAUGGCAGCAUUAUUCCCUUCACUACGACGUUAUUUCUGGAUAGUGUGGUUAUAAUACUGGAAAAGAAGACUGAUGACUUAAGCAAGUACUAUGACAGAUUACUCGCCCAUGUAACAGCAACAAUCUCAAAAGUCCCUGCUUGAAAAAGAAGCAGUUUUAGCAUUUUUAAGGAUUUGGCUAACCUGUUUUUACAAAAUGAAUCGCUACACAACCAUGAAGCAACUUGGGGAUGGAACAUAUGGCAGUGUACUGAUGGGGAAGAGCAAUGAAUCAGGGGAGCUUGUGGCCAUCAAAAGAAUGAAAAGAAAGUUCUACUCUUGGGAUGAAUGUAUGAAUCUUAGAGAAGUAAAGUCUCUGAAAAAACUUAAUCAUGCCAAUGUGAUAAAGCUGAAAGAAGUUAUUCGAGAAAAUGACCAUCUUUAUUUUGUGUUUGAAUAUAUGAAGGAAAACCUCUAUCAGCUAAUGAAAGACAGAAAUAAGUUGUUCCCUGAGUCUGUCAUCAGGAACAUUAUGUACCAGAUAUUACAAGGGUUAGCUUUCAUCCAUAAACACGGAUUUUUCCACCGGGAUAUGAAACCUGAAAACCUUCUCUGUAUGGGUCCUGAACUUGUUAAAAUAGCUGACUUUGGACUGGCUAGAGAACUUAGAUCUCAGCCUCCAUAUACUGAUUAUGUUUCCACCAGAUGGUACCGUGCACCUGAGGUUUUACUGCGAUCCUCUGUUUAUAGUUCUCCUAUCGAUAUAUGGGCUGUUGGCAGCAUAAUGGCUGAACUAUACACACUAAGACCACUUUUUCCAGGAACAAGUGAAGUUGACGAAAUCUUCAAAAUUUGCCAGGUGUUAGGCACGCCAAAGAAGAAUGACUGGCCAGAAGGAUACCAACUUGCCACUGCAAUGAAUUUUCGCUUCCCUCAAUGUGUCUCCCUAAACUUAAAGACUCUCAUUCCAAAUGCCAGUAAUGAGGCAAUACAGCUUAUGUGUGAAAUGCUGAACUGGGAUCCAAAGAAACGACCUACAGCAAGUCAGGCAUUGAAGUAUCCUUACUUUCAAGUGGGCCAAGUUUUAGGGCCACCUCCACAAUAUUUGGAUCAGAAACAGUCUCAUCCCAAAUCAAUUCAAGCAGCAGAUCCAAAGCCGUCUCUAUCCAAGCUGGACCCUGUAUCAAAAUUAGAACCUGUAUCUAAGCCAGAAUCUCAGUCUUCACCAGAUGCGCUUGAUAAGUUUCAGCUGCAGUGUGUAUCAAAGAAUAGCCAGCAGCCCCUCCAGGCAAUUCAGUUGCCUCAGAAUGCAGCCAAUCAUCAACCAUCAAAGCAGCAGCAGCAGCAGCAGUCAUUCCUUCCAGCCAUCAAAAAUUCAACACCAAAGCAGAUAGGCCUAAAAAACUGUCGGCGCCGAUGGGGGCAGACUAUGUUACAGGCGAUGGAUAGCUGGGACAAUUUGGAUGACUCCGAAUUUGGGAUUUCAUAUUCUAAGAAGCCUAGCAUCACCAUGUUAACUGAAAAGAAAACAAAGGAAUCUCUUUUUAGUGUUCCUGGGCGUAUGUCCCCCAGAUCUGGCCAAUCAGGAGAAAACAAAGUUCUGAAGAGAAAUGACUCUGGAAUAUCAACGACUUCAGCAAAACAGUACUACUUAAAACAGUCAAGAUACCUACCUGGUGUAAACCCUAAGAAUGUCUCCUCAGGAGCAGCCGGUAAAGAAGGAUCCCAUGGUAACUGGAAUAAUUCCUUGUUUUCAAAACCGAUGGCACCAAUUGGAGGACUGUCUUUUAGCAGAGUCAGUGCAGAAGAAAACUUAAUUAAACCAAUUGAAAAACUGUCAUGCAAAGAAAGAGUGAAUGAAAAAUUAGAGGACCCAAAAGGAAAUCCUGGCUUUGUAGGAGCUGCUUACAAUACCACUGGAUAUAUUCCUUCCUUUCACAAAAAGGAGGUUGGUUCAGCUGGUCAAAGGAUACAACUAGCACCUCUUGGUCCAUCAGCGACUGAAUAUGCAGAAUAUGCUUGGAAAACGAAAGCUGCUCGUUCCCAGUUACCAGGGCCGACAUACAACCCAGCAGCGAAAGGCAUGAACAUUUUAACUCGCCCGCCUCCGGUGCAACCCAUCCAUGGAAGGACCGACUGGGUGGCCAAGUAUGGCGGGCAUCGAUAGGAGGGCUUGCGCCCACUAUGUAUGCUUUACUGUGACUGUUAUACACUUCCCUUCAUUUACUUCCGGGACACUUUAAAGCACGUUUCUACUAAUAGAAUAUCAAUUCUGGAAAGAACCGAGAGCCUGUAUUUUAUUACCUCUAGGGGGGAAAUAAUAAUAAAUACAUUUUACUUAGAAAGCAUUCUUCAAAAUAGUGUCUCUAAGGUAGGGUUGUUGUUGUUUUUUAAUUUUGUUUACAUUACAAAGUAUUCUAUAAAGUAUAUUGCCAAAACUAAUGGGUAUUUCAACUCUUUCUAGGUAAGUUUUUAUUGGAUCCCUUUGAUGUUUCCUUUUAAAAAUGUUUUUAAGUGACAUAAAAAAGCAAAUGCACAUGUUUGCCAUUGAGCAACUGUGAGUCGUUUCUAUGUGGAGAACAGCAGGUGUGCAAAAUGUAGGGUGUAAAGAGUGACUUUCAAACAGAUGUUGCUUCCAGAACCUUUACAGAUAAAAUCAGAUUUGAACAAUGAAAGCCAAAAUGAUUUCUGGAGAAGAAUCUAUUGCAUUGUCUAGCUAGCAUCAAAGGGUCCAGAACUAAACAACAGCCAUUUGACUUUGUUUUGGGUUGCUCUAUGUCCUUAACUACCUUUCUGUUUGCAGAGAGUGAAUCUGCAUGUCAGGGGUGAGGAAGCUGCAGCCUUUGAGAUGUUGCUGGGCUCGCAACUUCCAACAUCCUAGCCAACAACAUCUAGAGGGCCACAGAUUUCCCACCUCGGCCAUCUGUAGUCAGCGACUCCACUAAAAUAAGUGUUUUACAAAGGUGACACAUCCCCAAGAGCCCAUCUCAUGUUGUAUUAUGCAGCCAUGGGACCCCUCCUUGCAUGUCAAUCCUGCAGAAGUAUUGUGAAGGCUAUAAACCUUGUAAACUAUUUAACUAGUGACCAAUGUAUAGAGCUUGUCUCUGGGUCUGACUUACAAGUGAGUAGGGAAGAGAUUCAUCUGUACAGCAUUUUUGCUCUAGUCCCCAGACUGUUAUGUGCAAAAGUGUACAGGAUACAUGUAUGUGGCGGUUGUUACCUCUGCAUGACAGUGCAAUGAAUUGCACAAAAGAUGUGUGAACAGGAGCACUGGAACCCUAAGGAACCCCUGGAUUGAGGUGAAAGUUUUCUUGGAGAUCAUUUGCAAGUUUAAUCCUGUGAUUAAGAAAUACAACCUGUGAAUGGUGUUGAGGAAACCUGGUUUCCUACUCAGUAGGUUUAGCAUAAUUGCCAAGCCAGGAAAUAAAUUGUAAUUACUGACUGAAGAUCUUUAAUCUUUGUGCUCUGCAGGCAACUUUUAUCCCCACCUUUAUGGAACCAGAAUUCUGGUGUUUUGUCACAAAUUGUCUGCGGGAAGUCUAGGCCACUGUGGGUUUUUAGUGUUGUUGUUUUUUAACUCUUCACUGAUUUUGUUGAAUCAGAAACUUUAGUUAGUCCCACUUACUGUAGUGCCUUCGCCUGGUAACCAAAGUCGAACAACUAUAGAAUUUCUUACCGGUUCCUGAAGUGUGUUUAUCGUUGAAAUCUCGUAGCAUAGAGUUAGCUGCAUUAUCUGGCCAGGGACACAUUUAUGACCUCCUUUCCCCCUUUUGGAUGCCAUAAAGUACACAGUGGCCCAAAACCUAUGUGCUAUUUCAGUAUAUUUCUCUUUUUAGUAGAUUUGCUAAUAUACUAGACAACAGAGAUCCAAACUGUGGAGAGCUAUGUAAGGUCUGCUGCUUUAACUGCUAAAUGUUAUGAUAUGUAAUGUAUUAAACCUGACAAUCCAAAGUUUAAAAAGUAGCAUGUAUUGUAUAUUUUUAACUUGUAAAAUGUUAAAUUUGCAGGCUAACAUGUAUUUUUAUGUAUUUUUUAAUGUACAGUUCUGUUGUAGACUAUUUAUUGGUUGAUUUGAGGCUUGAAUUAGGAUUUAAGCUAUAACACUUGAACACAUUUUCAUAAUUUGAAUAGUUUACCGAUGUGUUUAUUCAAGGUUUUCAUGUUAAAGCACACUUAACUAGUAGCAAAAAGGGGCAAGUGAUUAUAUUAAUUCAGUAGUUUAUCUAAGCUGCUGCUGUGCAGGCAAUAUUAUGUUCCUAUGCAGAGUUGCAGGAACAUCAGACUAAUACUGUACUAGUUCCCUCGUGUUAAGUGGGGUUUCAGUCUCUCCAGGUUUAUGCAGUUUCACUGAAAUGCUAUAUUGUAGGUAUCCAUCUACAGGUUUGUAUGUUAGUAAAAAGCAAGGAACUUGCCUUUCUGACUGGGGUGUUUUCAGCUGAAAAUCAUUUUCUUUUAUAAUAAAGUUAACUUCUCAGAUACACAAGACUAUAAUAGUCUUCCA